UUCACCGGAGACCCCAUGACCGGCUGAGAAGUGCAGUGCGGGACCCGGUCGUCAAGCUAACAGCACUCAUCAUGAUCCGCUCAAUGUUGGACACGGCCCGCGCCAGCCCGUUCCCGACCGUGGCCCAGUGUGAGCCGUCGGCGCCCCGCCGUCAGCUCGUCCACGGCCGCGAUGUGGCCGCCUUCAGCACCGCAGAGCCCGAGUACAGCUGCGAAUACGGCUCACCCAAGUUCUUCGCGAUCGCCGGCUUCGGCGGUAUCCUGUCUUGUGGCAUCACACACACAGCCAUUGUGCCGCUCGACCUGGUCAAGUGUCGUCUGCAGACGAAUGCCGACAAGUACAAGGGCAUCUUCAAUGGCUUCAAGGUGACUGUCCGGGAGGAGGGCUUGCGCGGUUUGGGCCGCGGCUGGGCGCCCACCGCCAUCGGAUACUCGAUGCAGGGCCUCUGCAAGUUCGGCUUCUACGAGGUCUUCAAGAACCUGUACUCGAACAUGAUGGGCGAGGAGAACGCCUUCCUGUGGCGCACAACGCUGUACCUGGCGGCGUCGGCGUCGGCCGAGUUCUUCGCCGACAUUGCGCUGGCUCCCAUGGAGGCCGUUAAGGUACGGAUCCAGACCAUGCCGGGUUUCCCAGCCACGCUGCGCAAGGGCUUCCCGAUCAUCAUGUCGCAGGAGGGCUGGUGGGGCUUCUACAAGGGCGUGGCGCCGCUCUGGGCCCGCCAGAUCCCUUACACGAUGAUGAAGUUCGCCUGCUUCGAGCGCACCGUCGAGGCCCUCUACCAGUGA